AUGCCACAGAAUCCCAAAUCCCGCAUCAAUCUGAAAGACCUCGAGGUUUACGUGGGUGUGGGGUGUUCGGAGCUGCGCCAGAUUGUUCUGUAUGAAACACCUGGAUAUACCAAGGAUCAGGCGUUGGUCUUUUUCCAGCACAUCAAGAACAGUCUGAUGGAUUUUGAUUCGCUGUCAAAAGGAAUGUCCGAAUUUCACGAUGCCAAGAUCUUUUUGGAAAUGAUAAAGAUAUCCUGUCAAAACACAUUGAUGGUGCUGCAGAGUAAAGAGGAAUGGGAUAGCUUGCAAGAAAUCAUUGAAACCAUAGACAUUUUGCUGAGUUAA